UGAAGCUGUUGGUUAACCGGCCAGCAAAACGCCGACAGAGGAAGAAGAAAAGAAUGGGAAUAUUUGUCCCUUUUCAUCAAUAACAGGAAAACCGUGGGCACUACAGUGUCAUGUGAUGGUUGUCCUCCUUCUUCUGACCCGUGAAGGCCAGUUUUACCAGUGGGGUAAAGAGAAAGUAGUGUUAUUUUCUCCUCACACUCACACAUCUACCAGCCACCCUGGAGUAAGAAUUUAUAUUUGAUAGAAACAAAUGAGUUACAUCUUGCUUGUGAGGGUUGUGCAGAUGUUUGUGUUGUAUAGAAUAAGAGAACGCAUGAAGUAAGUCAGGCCUCCUUUCCUCACAUGCCACCAGCACAUAAACAACAGUGGACAGUGAGCAGUGGCCACACAAUAAAAAGACACAUCUGUUUUUUUCUUGUCAGUAUAUCAUCACCUCUACAGCUGAAGGGGAAGCUGCUCAGCACGAAGAGCCCAUGGAGCCACCAGAGGAUAAGGAAGGCCGUUCCUUUGUGGAGGUGAUCAAUGAAAAGUACAGCCCAGAAAACUUCCCGUACCGCAGAGGGCCUGGGAUGGGAGUGGUGGUGCCCACCACAGGUCUCCAAGGUUCCCCCAUGAAAGACCGUCUGAACAUGCCCAGUGUGCUGGUGUUGAAUGGCUGUGGGAUCUGCAGGGCAGGAGAUCAGGCUGAGAUUGCUGUCUUCUGUGCACACGUCAUGGAGCUGGACAUGUCCCACAACAAGCUGCAGGACUGGCACGAGAUCAGUAAAAUUGUGUCGAGCCUUCCCAACCUGGAGUUUCUCAAUCUAAGCUCCAACCCACUGGGAGGAACCACGCUCGAGCCGCAGUGGGCUGAAGCCUUUUCUCGGGUGCGCCGCCUCGUCCUCAACAACACUCGGAUACCCUGGGAUGCCGUGAUGCUGCUGACCCGUGAAAUCUUAGCGCUGGAGGAGUUGUUUCUGUGCCUUAAUGACUACAACAGUGUGAGUUCUUCCAGCGUGUCCUGCCCAACUCUUCGCCUUCUUCACAUUACUGACAACUGCCUCCACGACUGGUCCGAAGUUCGCAAGUUUGGCUCCAUGUUCCCCUGCCUGGACACGCUGGUCAUGUCCAACAACAACUUGGCCUCCAUUCAGGACAACAAGGAUAUUCUGCAGCGACUGUUUCCCAACCUGCGCAGCAUCAACCUAAACAACUCGGGUCUCAACCAGUGGGAAGACAUUGAGAAGCUAAACUUCUUUCCCAAGUUGGAGGAGGUACGACUGCAAGGCAUUCCCUUGCUGCAGGCCUACACCAAUGCAGAGCGGCGCAGUCUCAUGAUAGCUCAGCUUCCCUCUGUAUCGCUGCUGAACGGCAGCAUCGUGACAGAUUGUGAACGGGAGGAUGCAGAGAGGUUCUUCAUCCGCUACUACUUACACUGCCCCAAAGAAGAGCUGCCUUAUAGAUACCAUUCCUUGGUAACGAAGUAUGGGAAGCUGGAGCCACUCGCUGAAAUUGAUCUCAGACCUCGCUGUCAGGCUCAGGUAGAGGUUCACUGUGAGGAAAAAGUCCAACAGGUAAGUAUUCGUCUGGACCAGACUGUUGUAGAGCUGAAGAAGCAGUUAACAGCUGUGGUCCAGCUCUCCACAAACAACAUGAGGCUUUACUACGUUGACAAGAACAGCGCCUUUGGGCCAGAGGAGAUGAAGUACAAUACCCGAGCCCUCCACUCCUACAGCAUUCAGGAUGGUGAUGAAAUCCUGGUGGUUCCCAAAACCAAGUGACAGACUGAUGUCCAGCUGGACUGAGUGGCUGGCUCCGCUGAAGCUGUGUUCAUACGUUAAUCGAUGCUGCAAAUGAACUGGUCUGGAUGGUGAUUAAUGCCAGCCUGCUAAACCAAAACUCUGUCUGUUGAUGAAGGUGUCUGGGAUGAUGGAGCUGAAACGUGCUGAUCAGGCUGCACGGCAGCGUUCUCUACGCAGUAAUCAAAAGCUGUAAGAAAACAAUAACAUGAAGAAGAACUUUGCUGUGAGGAUGUUGAGUCACAGGUUGUAAUAAUGCUGCACAAAACAAGUCAUUAAAAGGAUUUUAACAUCA